UUGGGACACCUGGGUGGCUCAGUUGGUUAAGCAUCAGACUUAGGCUCAGGUCAUGAUCUCAUAAUUUGUGAGUUCAAACCCCGUGUUAGGCUCUGUGCUGACAGCUAGGAGCCGGGAGCUUAUUUUGGAUUCUGUGUCUUCCUGUCUCUGCCCCUCCCCUGCAUGUGCGCUCGCUUGUGCGCUCUCUCUCUCUCUCUCUCUCUCACUCUCUCUCACUCUCAUACACACACAUGCGCUCUCUCUCUCUCUCUCUCUCUCUCAAAAAUAAACAUUAAAAAUUUUUUAAUUAAAAAAAAAGAACUCUUGACAUAUAGAAAGGGGCUCUGCCAAGAGUUGGGAUAUCUCUACUCUUAUUUAGGAAAGACUAGCUCUGUAUAUUCUUCUUUUUUACCCUGCCUUCUCCCUACUAUCUCUUAAUUCUGGCCUUUUCCUGGAUUUUCUGUGAAAAGGCACUGAGAGAGUGCUGCUUUCUUCUGCUCAUGUAGUAGUAAUUUUUGACAUGAGAUACUCUCUUUCAUCAUUUGUCAAGAUCAUGAAUUCCAGCCCUUUGAAAAUCUGAUAGUUUUCAGUUUUACUGUUAAAAUAUGACCAUCUCUGAAGAAGUAAGAGUUACUGUUUUAGUUGGGAUUACCAAUGAAAACCUAGAUAUUUAUCAAUACUAAAGUGACUGUUUUUGUUUUAUUCUCUGCUAAUAGGUCAAAAUCCACUGAAGAUAAAAAAGUAUCCAAAAGGUUGAAGAUUUAGUGCAUGUUUGAUGAUCAGCUGGAACUUAGUAUUUAUAAAACCUUUGGAUUCCAAGCUUCCAACUGCAUUUACACAAGGUACAACAAUGGAUCUUUUCAUAGUUCUGGUGAUUUAUCUUUCUUGUUUGAUUCUUUUUUUUCUCUGGAAUCAAAACCAUGCCAAAGGGAAGCUACCACCUGGCCCCACUCCUCUGCCAAUCGUUGGAAAUAUUUUGCAGAUAAAUACUAAUAAUGUAAGCAAAUCCAUAAGCAAGCUAGCAGAGAGUUACCGCCCUGUGUUCACUGUGUACUUUGGCAUCAAGCCCACUGUGGUGAUAUACGGAUAUGAAGCAGUAAAGGAAGCUCUAAUUGAUCAGAGUGAGGUGUUUUCUGGCAGAGGCCCUUUCCCAGUGCUGGACAAAUCCGUCCAGGGAUUAGGAAUUGUUUUCAGCAAUGGAGAGCAGUGGAAGCAAGUCCGGCGUUUCUCCCUCAUGGUUUUGCGGAAUAUGGGCAUGGGGAAGAAGAGUAUUGAAGACAGAAUUCAAGAGGAGGCCUUGUAUCUGGUGGAAGCAUUAAAAAAAACCAAUGCAUCUCCCUGUGAUCCUACUUUCUUUCUGGGCUGUGCUCCCUGCAAUGUGAUCUGUUCCGUUGUUUUCCAGAAUCGUUUUGAGGAUGAUGAUGAGAAAUUUUCAAUCUUGAUAAAUUAUUUUCAUGAAAACCUCCUAAUUUCAAGCAACUCCUGGAUACAGAUCUGCAAUGCUUUUCCUCUUUUAAUACACUUUCCAGGAUGUCACAAUGUGUUACUUAAAAACAUUGCUAACCAAUGUAAGUUUAUUGUGGAAAAAAUAAAAGAACACCAAGAAUCCCUGGACCUCAGUAACCCUCGAGACUUUAUUGACUACUUCCUGAUCAAAAUAGAAAAGGAAAAACACAAUAAACAGUCUGAAUUUACCAUGGACAACUUGAUCUUUACUGUCUGGGAUGUGAUUAGUGCAGGAACAGAGACAACGAGCACCACCCUGAGGUAUGGACUCCUGCUCCUGCUGAAGCACCCAGAGGUCACAGCUAAAGUCCAGGAAGAGAUUGACCGUGUGGUUGGCAGACACCGGAGCCCCUGCAUGCAGGACAGGAGCCACAUGCCUUACACAGAUGCUGUGGUACAUGAGAUCCAGAGAUUCAUUGACCUCGUCCCCAACAGUCUGCCCCAUUCAGUGACUCAGGACACUAAGUUCAGAGAAUACCUCAUUCCCAAGGGCACAACCAUAUUAACAUCUCUGACUUCUGUCCUGCAUGAUGACAAAGAGUUUCCCAACCCAGAUCAGUUUGAUCCUGGCCACUUCCUGGAUGAAAGUGGCAACUUUAAGAAGAGUGACUACUUCCUGGCUUUUUCAGCAGGAAAGAGAGUUUGUAUUGGAGAAGGCCUGGCCCGCAUGGAGCUGUUUUUACUACUGACCAACAUUUUACAGCAUUUUACGUUGAAAUCUGUGGUUGAUCCAAAGGACCUUGAAACUGCCCCAAUUGUCAAUGGGGUGGGUGCUGCACCGCCCAUAUAUAAGCUGUGCUUCAUUCCAGUCUGAAGAAAGGUCAGGCCUCAUGUGAACAAGCCAGAUGCUUUCUGUCCUGUGUGUUAGCUGUAUGACAUUCCUGACCCUGUCUCUUCUAAUUUUCCUCAUCCUUUCAGAUUCAGUUCAGAUUUCCCCACAUGGAACAAAAACUCACUUUCCAAUAAAAUUCUUUUUGUAAUUGUGAGAUCUUAAGCUGUAUCUCAUCUGCAGUGUAUACCAAAUGUAAGAGACUUCAAAUGUCAUAUUGAAUAUUAAAAAUUAUCCUGAGUUAAAAAAGUGUUUUAAAUAUAUAAAAUUUGCUCGUCUCUUACUCCAGUUAGCUCUCCAGGGGAAUAAUCUCUUGAUAGUUUGGCAUGUACAAUUUGUUUUUUUCCCAAUAAUUAUUAAAAAAUAACGGGGGGGGGGGCACCUGGGUGGCUUAGUUGGUUAAGCAUCCCACUUGAUUUCAGCUUAAGCCAUGAUCUUACAGUCAUGAGAUCGAGCCCCAUGUCAGGCUCUGUGCUGAGCUUGGAGCCUGCUUGGGAUUCUCUCUCUCUGCCCCUUGCCUGCUUGUGCUCAAUCUCUCUCAAAAUAAAAUAAAAAAAAAAAUCAUGUGUGAUGCAUGUUUGUGUAUACAUGUAUGUAUAAGUAUAUACAUGCAGGGAGAAAACAGAAGAUCAUUCUAGCCAGAGGCAAUAACAUGAGAUAAAACUUGAAUUUGCUGCUCUGUCCAAGGAUGCCCUUCCUGUUUUCCCCUACUGGUUAAACACACAAAUGGAGACACACACAUACACAGACAUAGUAAGGCAAAGAAUAGGGGAAGGUGAUGUGUAUGUAUGGUUAUAUUUGAAUACACAUAUCAGAAAUAUGGGUUUUUAUGUAUGUGUGUAUACACAUAUAUUUAUAAUAUACCUAUGAUUUGCUGGUGACAUAUUUUUAUAAGUCAUAUAAAUAAAAAUACCCUGUUGUAUGGCUAUAAUUUUUAAAAUUAUCUCCUUAUUCAAGGGUAUUUAUUUUUGAAUUUUUGUUGAUAUAAAAAGGCUGCUAUAUGUGUCUUUCAUUAUUCAGGAAUAAAUGUGAAGUGGCUGCACAUACAUGUGCACUUUUAUUUUUCAUACAUACUGAAGCAUAAGACAAAAGUUAUGUGUCUGUUUACUUUUCUAUCAUGAGUAUAUAAUCAAAACACUAUUUGAUCAAAUCCUUGUAUAAUAUUGAGGAUUGAAUUCUUUGGUAGAUUUAGUAAUUUUUAACUAAAACUUCAUAGAUUUUCAAGUAGGAAAUCCUAUCACCUGUAAAUAUUUCAUUGCAAUGACCAGGAAUUUCCAGAAAUAAAUAACAUCUAUAUAUCUAGGACUUGGUCUCUCUGUCUCUGUCUCUUUCUGACUUACACGUGCAUAUAAAUUUGUCAGCAUGGGAACAAGAUGAAAGCUGUGAGGAUUUGUGGGGACAAGAUAACAGAGGGCUUGGGAAAUCUAUAUUGGGAACUCUGAUACUUGUAUGAUUUUAUUUUUGAGGUGAUUUCUGAUUUGAAAUCAGGUGCUGAGUGGCUGAAAGGCUAACUAUAAAAUAUUUAAGAGCCUUAGAAUCUGAAAAUAAUUUUUGCAGAUUCUCCGGAGUAGAAGAAAAAGAAUAGAGAUCAGAGCUGGCCAAGUAAGAAGGACCAAGUAAACACCUCCACUUGAGCUGAAGCCUGAAAGUCUUGGGGGAGCUGCACGCAAGGAUCAAGAAUAAACCUGGGAACGCCUGGCUGGCUCAGUCGGAAAAGCAUGCAACUCCUGAUCUCGGGGUUGUGAGUUUGAGCCCCACGAUGGGUAUGGAGAUUACUGAAAAAUAAAAUCUUAAAAACAAAAGCCUGAAGCUAAACAGGCUGAUUACUAGUAAGGAAAUUUAAUCAGUAAUCAAAAAACUCCCAAUAAAAACAAGUCCAGGACCAGAUGGCUUCACUAGUGAAUUCUACCAAACAUUUAAAAGAAGAAGACCUAAAACAUAUUCCCCUUAAACUAUUCCAAAAAAUAAGUGAAGGAUAAAAAAAAAAAAAAAUCACAUGAUCUCAAUAACUUCGGAAAAAGUAUUUGACAAAAUUCAACAUCCAUUCAUGAUAAAAGCUCUCAACAAAGUGGGCUCAGAGGGAACAUACCACAACAUAACAAAGGCCAUAUCUGACAAACCCACAGCUAACAUCAACCUCAACGGUGAAAAACUUAGAGCUUUUCCUCUAAUAUAAGGAAACAAAGGUGCCCAAUCUCACCACUUUUAUUCAACAUAGUACUAGAAGUGCUAAGCACAGCAUUCAGAUAAGAAAAAGGAAAAAAGGGGGUGGCAGGGGAAGAAAAGAAAACACAUCCAAAUUGGUAAGGAAAUAAAAUUGUCACUAUUUGCAGAUGAUGUGAUACUAUACAGAGAAAACACUAAAGCUUCCUCUGUGUAUAACUUUUGACUCCCUCAAAACUUUACUAAAGCCUACUGUUCACCAGAAGCCUUACUGGUAACAUAAACAGUUGCUUAACACAUAUUUUGUAUAUUAGGUAGUGUAUUCUUAUAAUAAAGCAAAGCUAGGGAAAAAAUAUUAAGAAAAUCAUGAGAAAAUAUAUUUAUAGUACUGUAUAUUUUUAUUAAAAAUUUUUAAAAAUAUACAGUACUAUAUAUUUAUUUCAAACCUCUGCUGGUCACAGGUCAAUUGUAUAUACAAUGGAGUAUUAUUCAGCCAUAAAAAAAAUCUGCCAUUUGCAACAACAUGGUUGGAUCUUCAACACGUUAUGCUAAAUGAAGUAAGUCAGAGAAAGACAAAUACUGUAUGAUCUCACUUAUAUAUGGAAUCUAAAAAACUGGAUAGACACAGAGAACAGAUUAGUGGUUGCCAGGGGUGGGUGGUGGGGUAAAUGAGUUAAUAUGGUCAAAUGGUACAAGCUUCCAGUUGUAAGAUGAGUAAGUUGUGGGGAUGUAAUGUAUAGCAUGGUGACUAUAGUUAACAAAACUAUAUCAUAUUGUUGAAAGUUGCUAAGAGAAUAGAUUUUAAAAGUUCUCACCAUAUGCAAAAAAAUUGUAACUAUGGAGGGAGGCUUGUGUUAAAUAACCUUAUUGUGGUAAUCUGUAAUAUAUACAUAUAUCAAAUCAUUAUGCUGUACACCUUAUGUUUAUACAAUGUUAUAUGUCUGAUCUCAAGGCUAGAAAAAAUUCCUUAUAUAAAAAUUAAAGAAAAAAACUUUAUAUUGAUUUUAUAUGGCUUUAAGCAAAGAUAAAGGACUUUCCAGAAAGGGUUUCUUAGUAUUUACAACAAUUGUAUAAACUAUAUAAAUGCAUGUUGUACUGGGAAUUAAUGCUUCUAGCUCAUCAGGAGCUUCGUGUCCUCCUGUAGGUAAAUACAUGAGAAAUCUGAAGUGUUCUGCGUAAUUUUUUCUCUUUCAUCUCAAAAGAAAUAAAAUAGCCACACAGAAUGGUAUAAAUGAGUUAGGUCAAAAUAUAAAGGAGAUUGCCCUGUCCCAGCAAGUACUUUAUUUACAUUUUUUUUUAAAGAUUUAUUUUUGAGAGAGAGAGAGUACAAGCAGGGGAAGGGCAGAGAGAGAGGAGCACAAAGGAUCUGAGGCAGGCUCUGUGCUGACAGUGGAGGCUGAGAUGUGGGGUUUGAACUCACAAACCUUAAGAUCAUGACCUGAGCCAAAGUGAGGUGCUUAACCAACAGAGCCACCCAGGCAACCCCCUCACCCCCCGCUGCCGACCCCCAGGAAGGACUUUAAAGUUAAAUCUUUAGCUCAAGCCAUAGUCUGACCACACAAUUACUGCAGAAAACAAAGAGCAAAUAAGGAAAUAGAAAUCUGGCUAUGAACUCCAAAUGGAUUCCCUAGCUUGCUCAAGAGAGUUUGAUAGAAUUUUUCCAUGUUCUAUGAAAUGUUUUCUCAACAAAUUAGCUUACCUUGACUUAUCUCCAAAUUAAAUAACUAAUGAAUUAGAUUAUAAAUUUUCCUCAAUUCAACAGAACUCUUUUUUAACUUGACUAUAAAGGUUAAUAAACAUUUAUAUAAAUUCAAAACAAAAGAAAAUCUCUAGAUGGGGCGCCUGGGUGGCUCAGUCGGUUAAGCAUCCGACUUCGGCUCAGGUCAUGAUCUCACGGUCCGUGAGUUCGAGCCCUGCGUCGGGCUCUGUGCUGACAGCUCAGAGCCUGGAGCCUGCUUCAGAUUCUGUGUCUCCCUCUCUGACCCUCCCCCGUUCAUGCUCUGUCUC